AUGUCGGCGACGGUAAAGGAUGACACGUCGCUGCCGCUCGCGGCGGAUCACAAGAGCGAUGCCCUCUCCGCCGCGCCCAGGGGAGGGAACUGGAAGGGCUUCGUCGCGGGCGUCUUUUCAGGAAUUGCGAAGCUGAGUGUUGGACAUCCCUUCGACACCAUCAAGGUCCGCAUGCAGACCACCUCCAUGGACCAAUUCAAUGGCCCACUUCAAUGCCUCCUGCAAACCGUCCGCAAGGAAGGCGUCAACGGCCUCUACAAAGGCGCCACGCCCCCUCUCAUAGGCUGGAUGUGCAUGGACUCCCUCAUGCUCGGCUCCCUCACUCUCUACCGGCGCCUCCUAAACGAGCACGUCUUCCAACCUCUCCGCGCCCGCCCGAACAGCACCGCAAUCUGGCUGCCUGACGCAGAGCGAAAGAAGCUCCCUUCCGUCGGGCACGGCAUCGCGGGUAUGCUGGCCGGCUGGACAGUCUCCUUCAUCGCCGCGCCGGUCGAGCACGUCAAAGCGCGCCUACAGGUGCAGUACCAAGUCGACAAGUCGCAGCGCCCGUACUCCGGUCCGAUCGACUGCACUCGCAAGAUUUUUCGCACUCAUGGCAUCCCCGGGCUAUGGCAUGGAUUGUCUGCCACCCUGCUCUUCCGCUCCUUCUUCUUCUGCUGGUGGAGUACGUACGACAUCUUCACCCGGCAACUCGAGAAGAAUACGCGUCUCAGCACUCCCGCUAUCAACUUCUGGGCUGGCGGGUUGAGCGCUCAAGUCUUUUGGAUCACGUCUUACCCCUCUGACGUUGUGAAGCAAAGAAUCAUGACGGACACCCUCGGCGAGGGGCGGAGAUAUCCCCGCUGGAGGGAUGCGGCAAAGGCUGUGUAUCGCGACUCAGGAUGGAGGGGAUAUUGGCGGGGUUUUGUGCCGUGUUUUUUGCGUGCGUUUCCGGCGAAUGCCAUGGCGUUGGUGGCUUUUGAGGGCGUCAUGCGGACGCUGAAGUAG